AUGUACCGCCAGAUCUUGGUGCAUCCCGACGAUCGAGAUCUGCAGAGGAUAAUAUGGCGGCCGACGGCUGACGCUGAGCUGCAGGAAUACCAACUGCAGACGGUCACCUACGGCCUGACCUGCGCGCCAUUCCUCGCGAUACGCACAAUCCGGCAGCUGGCGAAGGAUGAAGGAGAGCGAUUUCCUCGCGCUGCGGCAGCGCUGCGGCAGGACGCAUACGUGGACGACAUCCUGACGGGAACCGACACCCUGGACGAGGCGCAGGCUCUCCGCGACGAGCUGAUCGGCCUCUGCACGGCGGGCGGAUUUCCUCUUAGCAAAUGGUCAGCCAAUGCAAACGCCAUACUCAAGGACAUCCCCGAGGAAAGACGUCAAGUGCGAGACCUGCGUGAGUGGGAGAGCGACAAGGGACACUCCGCGCUCGGCCUCCGCUGGCAUCCUCGCCAGGAUUGUUUUGCCUUCAGGGUACAGCAACUGAGCAGCCAGCGAGUGACGAAGCGAGUGGUACUUUCGCAAGUGGCUCGCUUAUUCGAUCCCAUGGGCUGGCUGUCGCCGGUGAUCAUCAAGGCGAAAAUUCUCAUUCAGACGAUGUGGCUGCAGCAUCUGGACUGGGAUCAGCCUGUCCCCCCGACGGAAGAGCGGACUUGGAGAACUUUUCGCGACGAGCUCCCCGCUCUGGAGAGCGUGCACGUGCCUCGUUGGACACAGUGCAAGGGAUCAAACAGUGACCUGGAGGUGCACGGCUUCGCAGACGCCUCCGAGCGAGCAUACGCUGCGGUGGUGUACCUCCGCACCAGAGGAGUGGAGGGCGAGCGCCGUGUUUUCUUGUUGCAGGCGAAAACCAAGGUGGCCCCUGCGCAGCCGGUCUCGCUGCCAAGGCUCGAGUUGUGCGCGGCGGCGCUUCUUGCCAAGCUGACAGCGCACGUCGUCAAGGUCAUGGACAUCGCGUCCGCUCCUCUUCACCUCUGGUCGGACUCCACAGUGACGCUGGCGUGGAUUCAGAGUCACCCGUCGCGCUGGAAAACUUAUGUGGCCAACAGGGUCGCCGACAUCCAGCGAAGGCUCCCCAACGCCCAAUGGCAUCAUGUGUCCGGAGCAGAGAACCCAGCAGACUGCGCGUCACGAGGCUUGUCUCCCAGCGACCUGCCGGAUCAUGGGCUGUGGUGGAGCGGGCCGCCCUGGCUGUCUGGAGACGCCACGCUUCCUGCGAGCACGCCGCUGCCGAUGGGUGACCCGCAGGAGGAGAGGCGUCAGGUGCAUCUUGCAGCGGUCCAAUCAGCCGAGGAAUGUCCAAUGCUGCGACGAUUCUCAGUGCUGCAGCGGCUGCUGAGGGUAACUGCGUGGUGCUGCCGUUGGCUCGGCGAGCGGCGCGUUCCAUACACCCCGAUGUCCGCGCUGUCGCCUCAGGAACUCGAGGCGGCCCGACUUCGCUGGAUCCGUCAUGUGCAGUCCUGGGAAUUCGCGGAAGAGCGGCGAGCGCUGUCAAGGGGCGUGGCAGUCCCGCGAAGAAGCGUCCUCGCUAGGCUGGAUCCAUUCGUGGACAGGAAUGGCGUCAUCAGAGUCGGUGGUCGGCUCAAACACGCUGUUUUGAACCCGGAUGAAAGGCACCCGAUCAUCCUCCCCAGGAGGUCGCACUUCGCCGUCCUGGUGAUUCGGGAGUGCCACCGCCGAGCCAUGCACGGCGGAGUGCAGCUGACUCUGGGGAUGGUCAGGCAAGGAUACUGGAUUCCGGGAGGACGCCUGGAGGUUCGACGCCACAUUCAUCGCUGCGUCACUUGCUUGCGAUGGCGGGCGGCGUCCCCGAAUCCUAUGAUGGGACAACUACCACCGCCGCGGGUAACAGCAUCGCGUCCCUUCAGCCAAGCGGGAGUCGACUAUGCGGGCCCGGUCCAGGUUCGGACAGCAGCAGGUCGAGGACACAAGGCGCACAAGGCCUUUUUGGCCAUCUUUGUGUGCUUUGCAACAAGGGCUGUGCACAUCGAGCUGGUGUCCAGUUAUGCCACGGAUGCCUUCCUAGCGGCUUUCCGGCGCUUUGUCUCACGCCGCGGAAUGUGCCGCACGCUGUACAGCGAUCGGGGGACCAAUUUUGUCGGUGCUGAUGCCCAGCUUCGAGCGAUGUUCCAGGAGGCUGUGCGCGAAAGCCCGCGCAUCGCCGACAUCCUUGCCUCCGAAGGGGUGGAGUGGCGGUUCAACCCUCCGGCUGCACCCCACUUUGGCGGCCUGUGGGAAGCAGCCGUAAAGUCGAUCAAACACCACCUCAGGAGAGUUAUAGGAGAAUCAACACUCACCUUCGAGGAGCUAAGCACUGUUCUUGCACAGAUUGAGGCAUGCCUCAACUCUCGUCCUUUGCAGGCCAUAUCGGAUGACCCGGAGGACGUCUCGGCCUUGACGCCAGGCCAUUUCUUGAUUGGAGCCGCUUUGACAUCGCUGCCUGAGCCGUCGCUGACAUCGGAGCCUCUCAACAGGCUCACGCGGUGGCAGCUGCUACAACGAAUGAGGGAUGACUUCUGGUCACGGUGGUCCAAGGAAUACCUGCAGUCACUCACCUCGCGUGUGAAAUGGUGGAGGAAAAACAUCAACCCGACCGUUGGCGACCUGUGUCUUAUCCGCGGAGAGAACUUUCCGCCGAGCAGGUGGCCGUUGGCUCGAAUCACCGAGGUUCAUCCUGGUGCUGAUGGACAGGUGCGCGUGGUCAGCUUGCGGACAGCCACGACGACAUUGGCCAGACCGGUGGUCAAGGUCAUCCUCCUGCCGAGGGCAGACACGGAACCUGAGGACCAACCAGCUGAUGAGUAG